AUGAAUUGUUUUAAAAAACAAGAAAACGAUCUACAAUUUAAACCUAAACAACGUCGUGUACUCAAACGUUUAUUUCGAUAUAGUCGACCAGAUUGGCCAUUGAUUACAUUAGGAACAAUAGUUUUAUUAGGAGCUGCUAUAUGCAAACUUUUAUCGAGUGUUGCGUUUAAAGAUACAUGGAAACAAUUUAAACAUAAUUUAAUUAUGUUUGUUAUUGUUAAUUUUGCUGGAGGAUUUCUUGGUGGAUUUCGUAUUGGAAUAUUUGCAAUAUGUGUAUCACGUCUUAAUAUUCGUCUUCGAAUAAAAUUAUUUCAAUCAUAUUUACGACAAGAAAUUGGUUUUUUUGAUACACAUGAAAGUGGUAAACUACUUUCACGUCUUAAUCAUGAUACACAAAUAAUGAGUUCAACUGUAGCUAAUAAUACUGCUCAAUGUAUCGGCGCAUUUGUUAAAUUUGUUGGUACAUUUAUAAUGAUGAUUAAAUUGAGUUUACAUUUAACAAUUGCUUGUCUUAUUGGUGCACCACUUAUAUUAAUUGUUGCUAAAAUAAGUGGUAAUGCACAUCGACGUAUAUCAGAAAAAGUUCAAGAUCUAUCAGCUGAUGCAUCCGAAAUAGCUGAGGAAACAAUUCAAACAAUACGAACAGUUAGAAGUUUUGGAAAUGAAGAUGGUGAAUUAAAACGAUUUGCUGAUAUUCUUCAACAAGCAUAUAAAGCAUCACUUAUACAAGCUGCAUUAUCAGCUGGACAAAAAUGGUUUGUUGAAUUAGCGCAACUCGGUAUGAGUGUUGUUAUGCUUUAUUAUGGUGCCGAACUUGUACGUGACAAUCGAGUUGCUGGACCAGAUUUAUUAGCAUUUGUUAUAUAUCAAUUAACACUUGGAGCAAUUUUAAGUGAUAUAUCUCAAAUAUAUACAGCACUUAUGACAGCAGCUGGUGCCAGUCAAUCUGUAUUUGAUUAUCUUGAUCGUAAACCAAUGCAACGACCAAAUGGUACACUACAACCAAAUGAAUUUCGAGGUGAAAUUGAAUUUAAUAAUGUAGCACUUGUUUAUCCAGCAAGACCAGAUGAAAUUGCUCUUCAUAGUAUAACAUUUAAAAUUGAACCAGGUCAAACAUGUGCUUUUGUUGGACCAUCUGGUUCUGGAAAAUCUUCAUGUAUUAAUUUACUUGAACGUUUUUAUGAUCCAAGUAGUGGUACAAUAUUAAUUGAUGGUCGAGAAAUUCAUGAUUAUGAUCAUAAAUAUCUUCAUAGAAAAAUAGCUAUGGUUGGACAAGAACCUAUUUUAUUUAAUCGAAGUAUUAAAGAAAAUAUAACAUAUGCAAUAAAUGAUGAUGAAAAUAAUAAUAAAGAUGAUGCAACAGUAAUUUAUGCAGCUCAAGAAGCAAAUGCACAUGGAUUUGUUACUGAUCUUGUUAAUGGAUAUAAUACUAAAUGCGGUCAACGUGGUGGUCAUUUAUCUGGUGGUCAAAAACAACGAAUAUCUAUUGCUCGAGCUAUUAUUCGAAAACCAACAAUACUUCUAUUAGAUGAAGCAACAUCAGCUUUAGAUCCUGUUAAUGAACGUUUGAUUCAAGAUGCAUUAUUUUAUAACAAAGACAAACAAGAACAAAGAACUGUUCUUAUAUCAGCACAUCGAUUAAGUACAAUAGAACGAUGUGAUAAAAUAUUUGUUAUACAUAAAGGUAAUUUAACUGAACAAGGUACACAUGAAGAAUUAAUGGAAAAUGAUAAUGGAAUUUAUCGAGAACUUGUUCGACGACAAAAAAUGGAUAUAGAUAGUUAA